AUCGACACCCAUCUGCUUGAACAGGUGUUUUCUGAUUGGAAACGAAGCAAAACAAAAUAGGCGUGGAAAUUAUUAAACAUUUGUCAGUCGUAUACCUCGAAAGCAUACCUCGAGUAUAGCAUUACCUAUUGAUGAAAAUGCCUUCCUCAGGGACUAGACGAAAAGAAGGGCUCCUCCAUGAGUAGGUACUUUAGUAUUGUGGCGAAAGUUGUUGGGCUGUGUCGGAGUUGUGUUUUAUUCGUGCUCUCCGAUGUGUGUAGACCGCGUAGGCCCCAGUACGCGGGCGCCCCAACACACGCACGCACGCUACGUGUCGCAUACCACUAGCAGAGGAGAAAUCGCCGUUUCUAAACUCGUACAAUGUGAUACAUGUGAUUUGGACUAACACGGAUUAAAAUCUCGAGGUCACAAAUAUCAACCCUGGCGCCAAUAAUGAAGAAACCGGGAGCCGGCUCCAGCAAGAGCGGGCUGGGUUCCAUAGGGAAAAGUGGACUUAGCGGCGGGAAAAGUGGACUCACUUCAGGCAAGGGCAGUGUACUGGGCUCCUCCAGCAAAUCCGGCAGUUCCACCUCCAAAACUCUCAGUUCUACGUCUAAAAGCUCCAUAAGUCCUAUAAGUAAGAGCAGUGGAACAUCUAUAUCGAAAAGCGCUAGCCCUAAAACGUCGCAAUCAUUUGAUUUCACACCAAGUAAAUCAAAGUCGCUGAUCCCGUCAUCUCCGAAAAGCUUAUCACCUUCUUCCUCGUAUAACGUUUACGGAACACCUAAAAGUGGAAAAUCGACGACCUUUGGCAUUAUCUGGAUCCCGACCGGCAAACGCAACAAAAAGAAGGACAUUGUGCUCAACUACAACAAUGACGAUCGACGACGCGAGAGAUCCCCUUCAUUUUAUAAAUUCAUGUCUGGUGAUUCUCAUGAAACAACUCACAAGAAAGCAGACGAUGAUACGGGUCUAUUAGUUGGGCCGGAUCGCAAGUUACCCACGGCGGCAUUAGCUGCCACAGAAACGGCGGUAGCAGCGAAUAUUACAGCUUGUAACUUGGAUGAGAAACAGCAUCUAAUAAAACCUGACAAUGAUGAAACUAAAGAGGCAGCUGGUGAUGCAAGAGACACUGAAGAUGCAGAUGGUGAUAAAGACUAUUUAAGUAAUGAGGAGCCUAUAAGACAUAAAUUGCCAGACACGUCUGAGCCGGACAGUGUGUACCUCCGGGCCCCACCUCCACACAAAGCUCGCUCUUCUGCCUCCACACCUGACGAAGACAGCUGUGGCAUUAAAUGUCUGUAUUAUACUCUGCAAUGCUGUGAUUGUGUUCUUAUGUAAGCUGCCAUGCAUUUUAGAGGUAUGUAAAUUUAGGCCUGGAGCCAGUUAGGAAUAUUAUGCCAGUACUUGCAACCGUCUAUGAUUUUGGAAUUAAAUAAGUAUAAAUUAAUAAAGCAUAGUAUGCCAUGAAUUGUAAUAAUACGAGGGUGCAUUGGAAAGUUUUGAGCCUAACCUAUAAAAAAACGGAUUUAGUGUAAAUAAUUAUUUUAUUUCUCUACAUAAUCUCCAGAAGGAUCUAAACACUUUUGCCAUCUGGUUUCUAAGUUUCAAAUUCCUUAUAAAAAAAAAGAAUCUUCAAGGUCAUCAAAAUAUUGAGCUACAGCUUUUUGUACCUCAAUAUUCGUCGAAAUUUUUUGUCCUGCCAUGUGUUUUUUUUUAAUUGGGGAAGAGAUGGUAGUCGGACAGGGCCAAGUCCGGCGAAUGUGGUGGAUGCGGCAACAAUUGGUAGCCACAAUUAUGUAUUUGUGCAAUUGAUUUGGCCGCUCUAUGGACAGGUGCAUUGCCUUGGUGGAAUGACAUUUUCUUAGACAGCAUACCAGGCCUUUUUAUUUUUAUUUCUUCACGCAAACGUUGUAAAAGUGUGCAAUAAUAAUCUACAUUUAUGGUUUUACCUUUUUCAAGAAAGUCAAUCAUAAUGAUCCCUCUACAGUCCCAAAAGACUGAAGCCAUUACCUUCUUGGUUGACAAAACGGCCCUAGCUUUUUAGGGGGUGGUGAACCUGCUCUUUUCCAUUGUUUCGAUUGUACUUUUGUCUACAGUGUAUUGUAGUGAACCCAAGUUUCGUUCAUAGUUAUGAAACAGCUAAGAAAAUCUUGAGGAUCACUUUGAAACAGAUCUAAACAAUUUUUUGAAACUGUAUGGCGGGUGCAUUUGUUUUCAGCUGAAAGCAGUCUAGGUACCCAUCUGGUAGAGACCUUAGAAAAGCCAAGAUCGUUGGUAAUUAUAUUUUGUGUUAAUUUAUAAGAAAUGCCUAUUGCUUCCUCUAUCUCUGCGAUCUUCAAUCUCCUAUCAUUUAAAAUCAGGUCCAGUAUUUUAUUGACAUUUUCAUCUGUGGUAGCCGUCAGCGGCCUACCGCUCCUAGGUUCAUCUUGCACUGCUUCUCUGCCACGUUUGAAAUCCGCUACCCAUCGUUUAAUGGUGGCGUAUGAUAGGGCAGAUUCCCCUUAAGUUUCAUACAUAUCUUUAUAAAUUUCUUUUGGCGGCAACCCUUUUUUUGUAAAUAUUUUAUGAUGGAACGAUGCUCAAUUUUAUCAAUUUCUAUGGAGACCGUGAACACUCUUUGCAAAAUCAAUCACAACUUUUGCAUUUUUGACAGAAGAAAAACAAAAGACAGCAGUUUAUGAUUAAAAAAGAAGUGGCUAUUACGUGCCAGUGUCAUUUUUUCUUUUUUAUUUAAAUAUCAACCUUAGGCUCAAAACUUUUCAAUCCGACCUCGUAUAAUCAUUGUUCAGAACAUGAUCAAUUCAUUCUACUUAAGACUGAAAUUUUAUAAACAUACUAUUGGAUUUAAUGUAGCUAAUAGAGCCAGCGAGUUUUCUUAAUCUAUUAUUUUAACAAUUUUACAUUCCAAACAUGCAGUUACUAUGAGCUUUUAUGAAAUCAAACAUCUUUGUUACGAGAAAUGAUAAGAAAGUGAUAAUAGCUAUUACUUAUACACAGUGAAGAAAUAUUAAGCACAUUCCUGUGUUUAAUUUUCUGAGAAAUGGUAUAUUAGAUGUUUGCUUACACAA